AUGAAACCUACUUUAUCUAGGAUAAAGAAAAAUUCAAAUUCCUCAACGGCUAGUAGUUUAUCGACAAUAUGGUCAAAAGAUGGAGGAUGCCCUUUUGGAACUGUUCCUGUUAAGAGAAUUACAAAGGAUGAUCUUAUAAGACAAAGACGUAUGCCACAGCCAGAAGAUGUCACAUUCAACACUCAAUUUGAUGUUAUUGCAAUAGCUAGAACUCCAAAUGAAGCAAAUAAUAGAUUUGCGGGAGUUGGAAUGGCAACUAGUUUAUACAAUCCUCAUGUUAAAGACGGGCAACAUAGUGGUUCUCGACUAAAAAUUCAAAAAGGGUCAAAUAUUUUACAAGUUGGUUGGAGAGUGGACCCAACAUUAUAUGGGGAUACUAAAACUAGGCUUUUUAUACACUUUCAGGUACCUGAACUGACAUCCACAUUACCUUUUUUUUUAAACAAGGAUUUAGCCAACGGAAAUUGGUGGCUAUUACUGACUAGAAGCUUUAACCAAGUUGGUUUCUGGCCGCAAAGGAUCUUCAUUGACUUGACAAGUUUUGCUACGAAUGUUGAAUGGGGAGGAGUUGCAUAUAGUCCACCAGGUGUACCUAAAACUCCCAUGGGCUCAAGUUUUUUUCCUAUUAAAAACUCCUCUUAUGAUGGUUAUUGUAGCAAAAUUACAAUUUUAAACGAGAAAGGAAAGACGAUCAAAGUAGAUGAAACAAUCACGCAUACCGACAAUCCUAAUAUGUACCAGGUUUUUGCUGAGCCAAUUUGGCAUAAAUCAGAAUAG